UCAAACAUUUCGACAGCUAGAAGAUGUUCAAGAUUGUCAGCUAGUGGUCUAGUUUUGAGAAGUUCUAUUCUGGCAUACUGAUUCAUUUGGUGAGGAAUACACGAUAAGAAAGCACUUAAACAGUUCUCUCAACACCUGAUAUCGAAAUGGGUCAAGCAGACGACAGAAAGAGCAUGACCUAUACUGCCCAUUACGACAACCGCCUGGGGAACUACAACAUGGCCGACCAAGAAAUGAAAGCAAAUCGGCACGAACAAACUGUCAAACAUUUGGACAGUUUGUACAUUUGCUUGAAGCGACAGAUUUUGAGAUACCAGAGCUAUAGUCUGGGUCUGUUUCCAAAUAUUGGAGACCCAGAGAACCCAAGCCAAAUUGGCAAUGUCAGAGACAGCAUUUAUUGUGCAACAGCUACAUGGGCUCUGUCACAAGCUUACAGGCGUAUAGAUGAUGAUCAAGGCCGGACCUAUGAGCUCUCUCAGAGUGCUGUUAAGUGCAUGAGAGGUAUUCUUUUCUGCUGGUUACGACAGGCAGACAAGCCUGAAAAGUUCAAGAGGAAUCAAAGCGCAGUGUAUGCCCUGCAAUCUAAGUUCCACAUUGUGACUGGAGACCCUGUGUCUAGGGAUGAGGAGUGUGAACACCUUCAGAUUGAUGUUGUGGCUCUCUUCCUCCUGUCUAUGGUGCAGAUGAUCUCAGCCGGCUUAGAGAUAAUUUUCACCACAGAUGAAGUCAAUUUCAUCCAGAAUUUGGUGUUUUAUGUUGAGCGCGCCUAUCGAACUCCAGACUAUGGAAUGUGGGAAAGAGGAAGCAAAUAUAACAAUGGUUCUAGUGAACUUCAUGCCAGUUCAAUUGGAUUGGCUAAAGCUGCGCUGGAGUCCAUCAAUGGAUUGAACCUGUUUGGUGAGCAAGGUGCCAGCUGGUCUGUCAUCUAUGUGGAUAUUGAUGCCCAUAACAGAAACCGCACCAUUUUUGAAACAGUCCUGCCGAGGGAGUCCAAUUCCAAGAACACAGAUGCCUCUUUACUGCCGACCAUAUGCUGGCCAGGGUUUGCAACACAUGAGUCUCAUCUGAGGUCCCGUACUGUGGAAAAAGUGCAGCACAAAUUACAGGGCAAAUACGGUAUAAAGCGCUAUCUAAGAGAUGGACUGCAUACGGUUGUGGAGGAUAAAAACCGGAAGUAUUACAAGCCUGCUGAGAUCAAGAUGUUUGAUGGUAUUGAAUGUGAAUGGCCCAUUUUCUAUUUAUUUCUGAUCAUUGAUGGUAUGUUCGAAAAUGACAAAGAAAGUGUAAAAAAGUACAUCAAGAUGUUGAAGCCAUUGCUCAAGGAAACCAGCAAUGGUAUUACAGUACCCAAGUAUUAUUAUGUGCCUGCUGACGUACUGAUGCUGGAGAGAUCUCGUCCAGGCAGUCAGAGGAAGGUUGCCAGCCUGGAGGGCUCUAAUGGUACCAUUUUCCUGUGGGGUCAAGCAGUUUACCUUGUCUCUCAGCUCCUAGUGGAGGGUUUGAUAAGCCUGAGCGACCUUGAUCCCAUCCGUCGUCAUCUGCCGGCCUCAGAGAGACCCAGGUUCAGCUCAAGGUACUCCUGUUUUCAGGGCACACCCCCUGACCUGGUUAUUCAGGUGGUUCUGAUCGCAGAGAGUGUGCGUCUACAGCAGCAGUUAGCCACCUAUGGAAUCCAGACACAGACCCCUCACCAGGUGGAACCCAUACAGAUCUGGGCGCCCCAGGAGCUGACAAAAGCCUACGAGUACUUAGGCAUUAACAAAAAGCUGAAUCUGACAGGGCGACCCUCUCGCCCUUUUGGUGGUCUUAGCACAUCCAAGGUGUACAGAGUGUGUGGGAAAACCGUCCUCUGUUAUCCUCUGCUGUUUGAGGACAGUGACUUUUACCUGUCACAGGAUCUCUCUCUGGUCAUUGAUAAUUGUAAGAAUGAUCUAGCAUUCCUGUCGAAAUGCUGGAAGCUAGAUGGCCGACCCACAUUCUGUAUGAUUCUCAGGGAGAGUAAUAUGAGAGGUUCUCACUUUGGGGAGUAUUUGGAGCUGCUGUCUCAGCUGAAGAGAGGAGAAGUGGACGGUGUGCGAGUCAGAACAGCCAGGUUACAGUCUCUGAUCUCCAGUGCCUGUGUGGAACACCUGGACUUCCUCCAUUCAGUAGAGGACCCGAGUAUUUUUAUCAGCUUCCAGGAGAAGUCAACACCAAGCGCAUUCAGAAGUCUGUCAGAAGUGGCCAACUACGGAGAAGUAGAGGAAGAGCAGUCCAUUGUCUAUCAGGACAUGCAGCACCGAUCUGUGGUAGAGCUGGUCCAUGCCCUGCGGAUGACAGACAGCUACAAGAUGAAGGCUCAGAUCCUGCACAUCCUGCUGAAUCGUGAGGGUGCGCACUACAGGAUCGAGGACUCCACCAUCACUCAGCGCCUAGAGGCCCUCUCCCACAAGGCUGGACUGCACCGUCACUGGUGGGUUGUGCGAUUCUGCUCUGCUCUUCUGGGUAAGCUGGUGGACAGCCUUGCACCUUCUAUCACCUCCAUCCUGGUCAGGGGCAAGCAGGUGACAUUAGGUGUGUUUGGUCACGAAGAGGAAGUUGUAGACAAACCUGUCUCCCCCAAUGAGAUCAAGAACAUCCUGUACGGGAAGUGCUUACCAUACGAUAUCUGCCAGGCCGUGCUUCAGCAAGAGCUAAUCAUCUACAUUGGCAAACUCAUAGGCACAGCCCCAGAACUCUUUGAUGGCAUUCUCAAAAUUAGGAUUGGGUGGUUUGUUCAUGCGAUGCAGAUAGAACUGGCUGAGAUUGGUAGACAUGUGGACAUCAGUAACCUCUCCCCUCACCAUGUCAAGCGUCACCUCAUAGCCAUACUCACACGGACUGCUAGGGAGAGUGACACCAGAACACCGCUGAGAAAGAGGCAGCUGGACGGAGCUUUGAAUCGAGUACCAAAGGACUUUUAUGACAACGUUUGGGAGACAUUAGAGAGGACCCCUGGUGGUAUCAAAGUGGCAGGCUACCUCCUCCCCCAGCAACCGACUCUGUCCGAUAUGACAAUGUAUGAGCUGAACUUCUCACUGUUGGUGGAACAGAUGCUCAGUAAGAUAGUUGACCCUUCCUACAGGCAGAUUGUCGUUGAGACUUUCAUGGUUGUGUCCACCAUUUUGAGGAGAAAUCCUGAGCUGGAAUUCCAGAAGGCAGUGGAAAUGGACAAGAUAAUUGGAGAAGCAUUUGAGGAGUUUCAGAGAGACCGAAGUCGUCUUCAGGGCGAGGAGAAGCAAGAUGACAUGAACCGCUUCUAUAACACUCCACCCAACAUCAAACAUGGCACCACUGCCUACAUCUCCAAGGCUGUGGUUAGAAACCUUCUAGAUGGAGAGAUGCAUCUGAUGACAGAGGACAUGUGUGUAUUGUCUUAGAUCUUAUUAAUGACUUAUGUCAUGGCCACAGGAUAGGCUUGCUGGACAGAGAUGCAUCUGAUAACAGAGGACGUGUGUACUUGUUCUUGUUGAUGGCCACAAGUGGAAACCACUCAGUACCAGCGAGGGUCUCCCAGCAUGAGUGCAGAUUUUGUCUCUCAGUUCUGUUGGACACAAACCACCCAGUACCAAGAAGUUUCUUCCAGCAUGCCUGCAGAUUUUGUCUCUCAGUUCUGCUGGACAGACCACGUAGUACCAGCGAGGGUCUCUCAGCAUGAGUGCAGAUUUUGACUCUCAGUUCUGCUAGACGCAGCAACCACCCAGUGCCAGCAAGUGUUUCCCAGCAUGCGUGUAGAUUUUGUCUCUCAGUUCUGCUAGACACAACAAGCCAUCCAGUACCAGCAAGUGUCUCCCAGCAUGCAUGCAGAUUUUGUCUCUCAGUUCUGCUAGGUGCAACAAACCAUCCAGCACCAGCAGGUGUCUCGCAGCAGGCGUGUAGAUUUUGUCUCUGUUCUGCUAGACACAACAACCACCCUGUACCAGCAAGAGUCUCCCAGCAUGCAUGCAGAUUUUAUCUCACAGUCCUGCUAGUCGCAACAAACCAUCCGGUGCAAGCAUCUCCCAAUAUGCAUGCAGAUUUUGUCUCUUAAUUCUGCUACGAACAAGUUUCUCCCAACAUGUGUGCAGAUUUUGUCUUUCAGUUUUAUAACACACAACAAACCACCCAGUACCAGCAAGAUUCUCCCGGGAUGUAGGCAGAUUUUGUCUCUCAGUUCUCCUAGACACAAAAAGCCACCCUGUGUCACCCAGCAGGGACAGAUUUUGUCUCUCAGCUUUAAAAGACACAGCAAGCCUUUUAUGACAGCAGCCUGCUAUGUUGAUCUCAUAUCCAGGAAAAGUGCAGUGACUUUGUGUGACAUGCAGUUUACUUGUAGUGUGCAAAAUUUUUAUGAAAUCUGUCAUGGAAACACUUUUUCAUCACUGGAGUCUGGAAGGUUAAUUGUUUGAAAAUUUAGUAUGUACAUGUGUUAUUGUAGAUACCAGAUGUGUAUGAAAAGCAUGAUGGAUGUGUAAUUAUUGUAUGCUUAUUUAUCAAAUGCCAUUUAGCCAGUUUGAGAUUAUUCCUUCCCCAGGCUUUCAUAUGCUUACAACCAGAAUGACAGGGAAUUUUGUGAGUGUGGUCUGGAAUGGAAAAACAUAACAUAAUCCAUCAAGGUCAGUUGGUGUGACUUUAGGUAUAGUACAGGGGUGUGUCACAAUGUCGCUCUAUUUCUCUCUGGUAUUCAUAAACCCGUUCAGUACACCAUUUAGGGUAAUUUGUGUGUAGAUAAAUGGAAUUACAUGUACAGUGUAUGUGAGCUUAAAGUAGUCAUUUUCCUUCUGUGAAAAUUGAUAUACAUUGUAAGCAAGUUUUGUGUAAGUGUUAAUAGCAUUCUCUUUUAUGAAUGUAUGUAUUCAUGUUAUCACUGUGAUGUUGUAUGACUAAGAUGUAGGAAUAAGAUUUAUAACUGAAAUGUUAUAUGACUAAUAUAUUGUACAGCUAAGAUGUAUGACUGAGAUGUUGUACUGAACUGGACUUCAUUGUAUCCUGAACAUUUUGAUAAAUGAGUUGCAUGGUUGUCUCUGCACUACUACUAUAAAAGCUGCCAAAAUUGUCUGCACCUUCAAGUUGAGAAAAAUUGCAAAAUUGCAUUUGUUUGUGCAAGUUGUCUUGCUUGUAUUUUAGGAUAACAAAAGUUGCCUAUUUGUGAGUGAUUGUGCUGCACACGGUAAUAAAGCUGAACAGGUUUUCUUUUGCUCCUCUUGUGGGUUAUAUAUAUAAAUAUGUGUAAAUGUCACACAUGAGUGAUUUGUUGUACAUACUGCUGAAACUGUUUCCUAAAUCAGGGAUAAUGUAGGAGAAGUUUUAGCGAAGAUGGUCGCUGAUUAUACAGAGGUGCACAAUUUGUCAGAUCACAUGACCUACAGUCUAUAUGAUACCCAGCGCAUCAUCCAUUUUGUCUGUACAGGUGUGCAGGUAACAUUUUGAUAUGUGUCCAGACAAAUCAGCAAUAAUAGGGUGUGUGUAUUUAUUUGUGAUAUUAGAUAAACCUUUUGUACAAAGGAUAGAAACCUUACACAGUAGGACAGCACUACACCAUUGACAAUUGAUGGUUGAUCCUUCACCAAAUACUGACUUACAAUGUAACCUCAACCCAAAGCACUUGUUUCAUGUACACCAUAUAUUUGAAACAGUCUUGUAACACAUUUGUCACAAAGUUAUAUAUUAAUAUUUUAUUGUUCUAACUUUUUUGGCUUUUCUCACAUGGUAAUAACUGAAACCCUAAAUUUUUCUCACCCUCCAAAAUAUGCAUGGCCCUUGUUUAAUUUAUGGAACAUUAAGGGCGCUUACGAUUACCUCAAAACACCAGUGUCACCAGAUUAUGAAGACAAAUAACGUAUUAAACAGUAAUGGUGAAUAAUGUCACACCAUUGGCUAGGCCAGACUUGAGACAGCAGUGUUUCAAUUGUAAACAACCCUAGUUUCAGGCACACCAAGUAGCUUUGACUCAAUGCCAAUCUGUGAUUGACUAAGAUGUUUUGAUACUUAUUUGUAUUAAUAUAGCUAUAUAGUGUGUAAAAUUUUGUUUGAGGUAUUUACUGAUGUAAAAAUGGGCUCUAAAUUUGUCUGCAUUUGUGCCAGUUUAUUUCUGUCUCACACUUCCAAACAGGCAUAACACUUGGUGAGAUAUGCGUAUGGCCAUAUUAAAGGAUCCAGAAAUGUGUGUGAUAUAAAUGUAGCCUGUAUAACGGAUAAUACAAAGCUAGGCCAUACUGAUCUUAUUUUGUGAGUAACAGUGUAGCUGUAGAUCUUUCACCAUUCAAGUUAUAGUCUCUUAUUUAAGAUCUCUUUCUAUAUAUGUCAAACAGGUAAAAAAUGCAGUUAUGUGGUGGUUGAUGAAAAGGUAUAAGUACAAUUUUGUAGCAUUAUUUUUUUUAAACUUGUUGAAAACAAUACAAAUUUUCUACUGGU